UUUUUCGUUGUAAAAAGGAGGCACUGUUAGACAACAAGCCAUUUUUCGUCGUUUGUAGUGUGCGUGGAGUUGGUGAGGUGAAAGACAUUUUCACACCGAGUCCGCAUUUAGUUGAUUUAUCGUUUGGAUCGUUGCUGAGUACGUUUAGCUGGUAAGACAUAUACAUAACACAUCAGAAUGUCUAUGGCUUCAUCCACGUGCUACAAGUGUAAUCGUCCGGGCCAUUUUGCCCGCGACUGUAAUGCCGGAGGAGGUGGUGGCGGCGGCCGUGAUAUGAGACGCGGAAAUAACCGUGAAAAAUGCUUCAAAUGCAACCAAUUCGGACAUUUUGCUCGUGCCUGCCCCGAGGAAUCUGAACGUUGUUAUCGUUGCAACGGCAUUGGCCACAUAUCCAAGGACUGUGCUCAACCCGAUAAUCCGACGUGUUUCAACUGUAACAAAGUUGGCCACUGGGCGCGUAAUUGCCCCGAGUCGUCCAACGACCGCGGUUCCAGUAAUAUUUCAUGCUACAAGUGCAACCGCACUGGUCACAUCUCCAAGAACUGUCCAGACACAGCGAAGACAUGCUACGGCUGCGGCAAAAGCGGUCACCUGCGACGUGAGUGCGAGGAAAAAGGGAGCCGUAACUAGAAAGCGGUCAAUCUCCACCACUGCCGAUUGACCCCAUUCAUUUCCUUCAACUUCCCUGUCACCGAAUCCAAUUUGAAAAUUAUUUUUAAAAUUAUACCCAUUUUUCCCAAAUCCCGUAAAAUAUCUUGAAUUAUUCCAAGCUGCAAUUGCAGCCAAUCACGUAUACCUAUACAUCUAUAUAUGAUUUAACCAACUGCAAUGUAAUGCAGCCAAUCUCUCUUCAAAGUAUAUUGUACUCUACUUUGGAUAUAAAGUGUCCCAAUGUGAUACAAGAAUAAAUAGUGGAUGGAUUGAAGAAUUAAUUACUGAAUAAAAUUAAAAAAUGAUAAUCGCUGUGAAUAAUCUCAAUGCUGCAUCAAUUUUAAUUCGUCUGUACCCAAGUAAAAUCAUCUGGAGCCUCACUUUGUACAUUGGGGUGAUUCGUUGGACUUAUAAUUAUUUGGAGCGUUGUGAUGCAUGAGGAAAAAACAUCUCAGAAGCACUAUGUUUAUUUACUUUCAAAUUUAUAACAUAAAAACUAACAUAAAAAACAAGAAAUUUCAACUAUCACUGUGAUUGUUUUUUAAUUGUAAAUUAAAAUACUGGAGCUGCUGAUUUGAACACAAUUA